AUGGAACAAAUGAAAGCCAUCCGAAUUGUUACCACAGGCAAUAAACCCAGCGCAGAAAUUCGUGACGAACCUCUACCAAGCCCAGGCCCCCAUGAAGUGCUGAUCAGAGUACACGCGGCCUCACUGAACUACCGCGACACAGCGCUAUUGAGGGGAGAAUAUCCCGCGAAGACCAAAGAAGACGUCGUCCCUGUAUCAGACGGUGCCGGCGAGGUAGUUGCAGUUGGCAGAGACGUAACACGGGUUAAAAACGGCGACCGCGUCACAGUUAGUUGCGUUACAAACUGGAUCGGUGGCCCAUAUAACCCAGACUAUCGCUCCAAUAGCGUCGGCUUCACCGUCGACGGGUUGUUGGCCGAAUACGCGCUCUUCUACGAAGACGCACUCGUCCCUAUCCCUGAUUAUAUAUCCUACGUUGAGGCCGCCUCGCUCCCUUGCGCAGCUGUCACUGCCUGGACGGCGCUUAACAAGAUCGAGCCCCUCCAGCCGGGCCAGACGGUCCUGGUCCAGGGCACCGGCGGCGUCUCGCUUUUCGCCUUGCAGUUUGCGAAGAUCUUCGGCGCCCGUGUCCUAGCCAUCACAUCAUCUGACGAAAAGGCCGACAAGCUGAAGGAACUAGGCGCCGAGGCUGUCGUGAACUAUACCACCUGUCCUGACUGGGAUCGCGAGAUUCUCGCCUUGACUGAUGGAAAGGGUGUCGAUAAGGUGCUGGACAUCGCGGGAGAGAAAACUAUUGUGAAGUCUGCAGCCUCGACUAAGAUCACUGGCGUGGUGGUCCUGAUUGGCUUUGCAAGCGGAUUCGGGGGCGGCCUUCCGCCAAUUGAUAUACUCGCUCGAUCCCUGACAGUCACUGGAUCGACUAUUGGUUCGCGGAUGGAUUUCGAGGCAAUGCUUCAAGCGAUGGAGAGGCAUAAGGCAAGGCCUGUCAUUGAUCGGGUUUAUCCCUUUGCGGAGUAUGGUGAGGCUUAUCGGAGACUUGAGUCGGGGCAGCAUGUCGGCAAGGUUGUUAUCCAAGUCACUCACUAG